UGCCCAAAAUAAACCCAGCUCUGAGGCUCAAUUAAGAUAAUCGACGAUUGCUCCUUCAAAAUCUCAGAGCUGGUCUGUGAGAUCUCUCACUCACUUUCUCACAGAUCUUGCAGCUAUUUCCAGAUCUCAUAGCUCAAUCGCAUCUCGCAUCUCAGUCACAGGCAAGGUCGUUUUACAACUCAGGAGGUGGACUCGGGUCCUGAUCCAUGAGGCCGACUCUUUCCUCCACCACCGAAUCGAAGAUCAUCAACGACCGUGAGACCGAGAGGUCCAGGCACUUCGGCUUCGUCACCUUCAACAACGAUAAGGCCAUGAAGGACGCAAUCGAAGGCAUAAACGGCCAGAACCUCGACGGCCAUAACAUCACCGUCAACGAGGCCCAAUCUCGUGUUGCAGACAACAAUGGAUUUCUCGCAGGGGAUUGAGACAAAGAUUGAGUUCUUUAUCAUCGGGCGACUGGAUCUGCAAGGCAUUUAUAUCGUUUGUGGCGAUCAUAGAGGUGUUGAUUUUUGCUAUGACCGAUUGCUUCAGCGACCAUCCCUGCCCAACCAAACGCAGUUUUGCAUUCGACGAUAUGUCUAUCCUCUCCGAUAAAACCAUAUGUAUGAAUUUUUAUUUAUUUAAAAUAUUCAGAAGAUUAAGAAAACUAUAUAUAUAUAUGCAGAACUUUGAAUUGUGAAUUAUUUCCUUCUGCUUUGGGAAUUUUGGGAAAAAAAGAAGAAGAAGAAAUAAAUGAUUAGUUAAUAAGAAUUUUGAAUGUUGUUUGUGAUGUUUACUUGCAUGAAAUCAUGAUGCAAUUACUGUUAAUGAGCUGGAGGUAUUGUAGGAGCUAUUUAAAAAGCUGAGUAAUUCAAUUAUUGACUACAUAUAGAUUCAUAAGGAAGAGUUUCAACUAGCACUAUUCCCUAUGGUGAAAAUCUUUUCCUGGACAGGGUUUUUGAUCUCUUUGAUGAAAAGAAAUGGUGUCUUUGAAUUUGAUGAGUUUGUUCAUGCACUCAAUGUCUUCCAUCCAUAUGCCCAUACAGAUAAUAAAAUUGAUUUUGCAUUUAGGCUCUAUGAUCUAAGACAAACCGGGUUCAUUGAGCGAGAAGAAGUUAAGCAAAUGGUGAUUGCCAUAAUGAUGGAAUCUGACUUGAAAUUGUCAGAGAUCUUCUUGAGUCUAUCAUUGAUAAUAGGUAUUUCCUUUUGCCUUUGUGAUUAUAUGUGGUGAAACUUUGGACAAUUAGAGGUGGUUCCUGCAAAAGAUGUUGGAUGUCUUGCUGGGUUUUUUUAAAUUUUUUGUA